GCCUAACCGCCACCGGAUGACGCAUUUGCUGUGGUAGGUUCCGCUGAGGCCGUGUAUGGGCCACUUUUACGGUCGCUUCGUGAUCGUGAUCAUUCAUCGAAAUGUAAAUAUUUACCUGGUUGUAACAGUUUCGUGUUUGCCGAUUGUGCUCACUAGCUCGCGACCGGUCCCGGCUUGGAGUGCAAUGGAUGGUUAAGCGACGCUAUUUGGGUUGCUUGUUGGUUGAUAAAGUAGAAUUCCCUUUUUUAACCAUUCAUGCUGCUGGUAGAAUGUUUUAUGUUACAUUCAAUUGUGUACAGCUGGUUUUUUCAAUAUUUAGUGAAAAUGCUACAUGUGAGCAAUAUUCAUAAUUUUAAGAGAAUUGUACAUAUUUCCGACAUUUAUCACUUUUCUCAAUACAGUGUGAUAAAAAGCACAACAAAUGUGCUUUAAUAAAUCUUCAUGAUGAAGUGGUUGAGCCGCGGUUAUGCUCUUUCAACCACACAAAACCACACGCACACACAUCGCUACCGCCAAUCCAUAGCAGGUGGCAACUUGACCGUAUGUCCGUGACCGUGGGUGUGUUGAAGGAUGUUUCACUCUAAACUGUAAAAGAAACGAAUACAAAAAAACCAGCCCGUCUUUCAUAACAUUCCCAGCACAGCAUGGGUGGAAAUGGGUUUGGAAUUUCCCCAGGGUGCAGAGGUUUUCUUUUUUGUUGUUGUGGGGCGUGUGGAACACAACAUCAGCCAGCCAGCCAGCUAAAGGGCAGGUCAGUAAAGCGUGCACUCCGAGUGAAAGCAGACGGCAAUUUAUCGGUGGAAAGAGCGCUUCACUUUUCACAUUUCACACACGCGAAACCAAAUUCGUUGCAUAGAGGAGUGUAGCCCCUCGCGAGUAUUAGUUGUGAGCAGCAUAUUGGCAGUGUUGCACUGAUCGUGAUUGCCCUUUCGCGAUCGCGUUUAAACCACAGAGCUGUGUGCGUGCAUCUUGAUAUCGAGGCAGCAAACACUUCGGUCGGCCGAGUUUUCCGACCGGUAGUGGGGCAAUAGUGCAAUCAAGCUAGGGAACAAACUAUCAUCAUAGGAGCACGUGAGUUUGCGAAUUCACUCUCGCAAACGAUCGCCAGCUUCCUCGCUGCUGUGUGCCGUGAAUGUACUCCGUCAUCAUCAUCAUCAUCAUCAUCAUCAGGUCGAUUCGCGUCCACUGACUUCUCAUGUAGCAUAAAGCGGGCACAAACAGCCAGCCAGACACAUGAUAUUCUAUUCUUUGGGUUCGGUUACCGGUGGGGUGAUUGAGGGUUCAGUAUGUUAGUUGGUUAGUUGGCGUAGUUCGUUCGGGGUUGCUCUAGCGACGCGACAUCGUCAGUCACACAGUGGGCCGUGCGUGCUCGUUGCCAAAUAAGCGCACUAGGGACAGCAACAACAACAGAGAGUACGGUGUUUUAUUAGACGGUCGAAACCUUGAACCGUUCGCAGGGACGAUGGAAUAUUAAUAUUAGAGUCUUGAAAUUUGCCCCUUUUUUGUAUCAACUAGACUAAAGAACUGAAGGUGAAAACGGUUGCAAAGAUUUUAAAUGCACUUUGCAAGAUUGCAUCAAGCUUCCCCGGAACACGGCACGUGCGGUGAUUGUGACGCGUUGUGGUAGAGCGCAGCUCGAGCCGCAGUUUGGUCUGUGUGUGAGCAGCGCAAUCGGUGUGAGAAAAUCUAGUGUGCUGCGGGGCGCUCUCGCGCGAAAUUCAAAUACCGACACUUUUUGCUCCUGCGCUCGAGAGCGCGCGAUCUCAUCGCGCGCGCACCCGCCUUGGCCGGCGAAACAACAAUGCAUUUACAUCCGAGCUGCUCACAAUCGAACCUCUGCCUGAACUCGCCACUCUAUCGCAACUUCAACCAUCCGGCCACCGCGACACCGGCCACAGCGCUCAGGGUUAGUCCACAGCCGGUACCGAAGGUACGUACCAGUCGGUCGCACUCGUCGUCGUCCGCGCUCGGUGGCGGCGGUGGUUUCGGCGGUGCAUCCGGCGUUGGAGACUUCUGGACCGGUGGCAGUGCGCAUCCGAACAGCUGCAGUGUCAACACGGGACUGCUCAGUGGUCUCGGUGCAGCGGGCGCCAGCUUUCACGGGGGCGCUGCGUCAUCACUCUUCGCCCAGGAAGCGUUUCGACGAUCCAACCUAAGCACAAUGUCACAAACCGGUGAUGAUCUGCACACACCCAACUACCUGUCCUGGCGAAAGCUACAGCUGAGCCGUGCGAAACUAAAAGCUUCCAGUAAAACGUCCGCCCUGCUGUCUGGAUUUGCCAUGGUCGCUAUGGUUGAGGUGCAGCUGGAUGAAAAUACCAAAGUGCCAUCGGCAAUGCUGAUAGCGUUCGCCGUGUGCACCACGCUCCUGGUGGCGGUGCACAUGCUGGCGCUCAUGAUCAGCACCUGCAUCUUGCCCAACAUCGAGACGGUGUGCAACCUGCACAGCAUCUCGCUCGUACACGAAUCGCCCCACGAGCGGCUGCACUGGUACAUCGAGACGGCGUGGGCCUUCUCUACCCUGCUCGGCCUAAUCCUCUUUCUGCUCGAGAUCGCCAUCCUGUGUUGGGUGAAGUUUUACGAUCUCAACACGACGGCCGCCUGGUCGGCCUGCAUAGUGCUCAUUCCAGUGCUGGUGAUCUUCGUGGCGUUCGCGCUCCACUUUUACCGCUCGCUGAUGAUGCACAAGUACGAGGUGACCGUGUCCGGCAUUCGGGAGUUGGAGAUACUCAAGGAGCAGAUGGAGCAGGACCAUUUCGAUCAGCAGCAGCACCAUCACGGGAUACUGCACCCGUCCGGGCUGCAGAUCGUGUGAUGCAUAGCCAUCGACUUCCAUCACCACUUUUAUAUUUUUACAAAUUACACCAACUGUGAUUUCAUGCUUCAACAUAAACCUUAAUUGUGAACCUCGAUUGGAUAGGAUCUGGUUUGUUUGUUUGAUUUUUUGUUUGUCUCUAUUCCUUUCCUCUAACUGUUUCCUUUGUAGUAGGUCCCUCAUUCCCACAGUACCUCCCUAUCCGCGAUAGCUUCUAGUGAUGAGAAAUUAUGUCUAGCUAGUGUAAUCAUCGAUUUAUUUUAUCCUUUCCCUUUCGCACCCAACAUAACUGUAUCACACACAAAAAAGACAUCGAGUAGAGGAGAGAGAAAAACUAUUGUUACUUACCCUUUAACGAUCACGUGUAGACAACUAAUUUAAUUGCUAACGAGAAAUGUAUGACGAGCAUGUGAACCGUUGCCAGACAGAUUUAUGCAAAUAAAUCACAAAUUAUAAUCGAAUUGAUCGUGCGAUUGAAGCAAUUGUUAUGCUUCAAUACAGUUAAGCAUUAUUGAACGAAGAAAAGAAAUGCGUUAGUUGAUUGAAGCGACAACACAGACGAUUGUAUUCACAUCAACAUUCCCGACGUGAUGAAGAAAAUAAAGUGAAUGAAAUCGUA